AUGAACAAGUUCAAUCUCACAGAAAGAAUUCUUUUGAAGCAAGGACUUCCAUUUCGUGGGCAUGAUGAAUCUGAAAAUUCAAAUAAUCGAGGAAACUUUAUUGAAAUUUUGGAAUGGUUAUGUGGUUAUAAUGAAGAUAUAAAAGCUGUCACAUUGAAAAAUGCUCCUGAAAAUUUGAAGUUAACAUCACCUGAUAUUCAGAAGGACAUUGUAAGUGCUAUUUCAGUUGAAAUUGUCAAUACAAUUGCUAGUGAACUUGGUGAUUCUUUAUUUGCCAUUCUUGUUGAUGAAUCUCGAGAUAUGCCCUCAAAGGAGCAAAUGGCCAUUGUAUUACGAUAUGUGGAUGAUGGAAAGGUGAUUGAGCAUUUUGUGGGUAUUGAGCAUGUUACGAAUACCAAUGCUAUCACACUGAAGGAAGCUAUUGAUGAUUUUUUAAGUAGACAUGGAUUAAGCAUUUCAAGACUACGAUGUCAAGGAUAUGACGGAGCAAGUAAUAUGAGAGGUGAGCUAAAUGAUUUGAAAACACUUAUUUUGAAUGAAAAUAAAUGUGCCUUUUAUGUGCAUUGUUUUGCUCAUCAACUACAAUUAGCUUUGGUAGCAGUGGCCAAGAAUCACUAG